AUGCGGGUGAGGGUGGUGCUGCUGCCGAUGGACCUAUCCAUCAAAUGCUGUCAAUUAACACGUCCCAGUUUGGACAAAGGAUUAACCGAGUGCCGGAGGUCCCUUAACUUGCCCAAUCAUCGAAAAUUCAGCUUUGCCGAACUCUACACGAUCAAUAUGUGCAUCGAGGAGUGCAACUACAUCAGCUCUGGCUACAUUGAAGUCGAUCCACCUUAUCGAUUAGAUCUGGCCAACAUCCGGAUCAAUCUAAAGACCAUCAUGCCACAACCGCAGCUGGAAUCGAUUCCCUUCAUGGUGGAUGCGUACAACAAAUGCGAAAUAUUUCGAUCGCUGCACGGCGGUCGGUUCACUCUGCACCUGCCCGAUAUCGAUUUCAUCGAGGAAUCCUGCAAUCCCUUCGCCCAGCAGCUCACCAUCUGUGUGCGAAUCCACGCGAUGCAAAAAUGUCCCGGUCGGUUCUACGUGGACAGCGCGGAAUGCCGAUUGGCCAGGGAUUACUUCACCCAGUGCGUUGGUGAUAUCGAAGCGAAUCUCGCUUAG